ACCAGAGCCCGCUCCAGUCACUGCUCAGACAGCCGUGGCUGCGUCAGCUGAUUCCUUGCGCUCCAGCCUCUUCUCGCUCUGCUCUCUCAAAGUGGAUUAAAGUCCGCCGCCGCCGCCGUCUCGGAGUUUCUGGGUCAGGAGGAUUAUGAAAGUGAUGUGGAGCUGCUGACAGCGCGGCCAGCCAGUCAGCCAGCCAGCCGCAGCCCACAAGCUUCUUCCCAACCUUGAACUUUUUUCUUUCUUCCUUUCUUUUUAAAAUUUUCUCCCCCUUCCAUUCUGGGCGGCCCCCACCCCGAGAAGGACUUUGGGGUCAGGGUGUGUGUGGAGCAAGGGAGCCACAGUUUAGGAUGGCUUCCAAUUUUAAUGACAUAGUAAAACAGGGGUAUGUAAAGAUUAGGAGCAGACGCUUAGGUAUUUAUCAAAGAUGCUGGCUAGUGUUCAAGAAAGCUUCAAGCAAAGGUCCAAAAAGAUUGGAGAAAUUUUCAGAUGAGCGGGCAGCAUAUUUUAGGUGUUAUCACAAGGUCACAGAGCUUAAUAAUGUUAAGAAUGUAUUACGAUUGCCCAAAAGCACAAAGAAACAUGCAAUUGGGAUUUAUUUCAACGAUGAUACCUCCAAGACCUUUGCUUGUGACUCAGAGCUUGAGGCAGAUGAAUGGUGUAAAGUGCUGCAGAUGGAAUGCUUGGGAACACGGAUUAAUGACAUCAGCCUUGGAGAACCUGAUCUGCUGGCCACUGGUGUAGAAAGAGAGCAAAGUGAGAGAUUCAAUGUGUAUUUGAUGCCAUCUCCUAACUUAGAUGUACAUGGGGAAUGUACCUUGCAGAUAACAUAUGAGCAUAUCUGUCUUUGGGACAUCCAGAAUCCCAGAGUCAAGCUCAUCUCUUGGCCAUUAAGUGCCCUCCGACGAUAUGGACGAGAUCCAACUUGGUUCACAUUUGAGGCAGGAAGGAUGUGUGAUACUGGGGAAGGACUUUUUAUCUUUCAAACAAGAGAUGGAGAAGCCAUUUAUCAGAAAGUACACUCUGCUGCCCUGGCUAUAGCAGAACAGCAUGAGCGUCUGCUUCAGAGUGUGAAAAAUUCAAUGCUCCAAAUGAAGAUGAGUGAGCGAGCUGUCUCACUCAGCACUAUGGUGCCCCUCCCCCGCAGUGCCUACUGGCAGCACAUCACUCGGCAGCACAGCACUGGCCAGCUGUACAGCUUACAAGAUGGUUCAAGUCCUCUGAAGCUUCACCGAACAGAAACUUUCCCUGCCUACCGAUCAGAACACUGAUAGAGGCUACAGUGGUUCUUGGAAACGCUUGUGAUUUGUCAGCCAAUGGACCAACUCGGAGGAAAAACAAAGCAAGGCAGCAAAAGAGCAGGGACAAAAAAUGAAAAUGAAAUACUGGCUAAUUUGCUAUGAUUUCCAAGUUCUGCAAUAUAUACAUAUCAAUUUUUUACCUUUGCCAAAAUGAAAUCUGCUGUAUAGAUAUGGAAUCCUUGUUUCAGAGUUUACAGAUGGACAGAAAAUGAGUUAUAUCAUAUCACUGAUUGGUUUUGUAUGAUAGAUACUGUGUUCUUAGCAAAUAUCUGAAUUUGUCUUUGUAGAUUGUUGUGACUUUGCUUUCAUCAGUUUUAACUGUACUAUGGUCCAUGCCAACAAAUAUCUGGCUUGUACUUCUUGUAUGUUGUGCUUCACAGUUUCUAAAACUGUUGUUCAGGUUAGUUAUCAGGAACCACACUUUAUUAAAUGACUGGCAAAUAAAUUAUCUGACCUGCUCUUCAUAGAUCAAGCUUUGUUCGGAAAUGACAUUUUCCAAGGACUCUGUCAAGUGACAUUUAUGGGGUUGCAUUUUUUAAAAGCUUUUACUUGGUUUAGAACAUCUUCAUAAAAGAUUUUAAAAUAAAACAUCAUUAUUCACCCACAUGGCCUCUUGCAUUCAGUAAUGGAACAUCCUUUUUAUGUGUAUUCAGUGAGCCUACACAUGAUGUGAUGGGUUUAAAAAAAAUAACCCUGCCUUAUUUGCACUAAGCAGAAAUCUGCAUUAAGUGGGGCUAUAAUUCCUGUAGCCAAACCCAGACCUGGACCAAAGUUUUAGAAGCUGACAUGUCUCUGGAAAUUCAAAAAAUAGGUGAGUAACUACUUGUGAUACUAUAUACUCUCAUUCAUGUCCAAGUACAUUUAUUAGAUAAAACUAAAGAAAUUAAGUAGUUUAGCUUUUCUUUCUCAUGGAUCUUAUAAAAGAUUAAUUUUUCAUGAAGUUUUCCAAAUGACUUGUGGUACUGGUUAAACUCCAAAAAAACUUAUUAAUGUUCAAUAAUAAAUCAAUUCCUAUUUAUAUGUCACCUUAAGAUUUACAUACAUUUUUGCUUACAAUGACCCUGUGAAGUUUGCAGUAUAAGUAUUCAUGCCCCCAUUUUACAGACGAGGAAACUGAGGCCUUCUGAUGUCGUGGCUUGUUUAUGUCAUUACAUUCAAUGUGGUUAGCUUUUAAUAUUAGAAUCUAAGUCAAAACAAAUGCAUCCUGGCUCAUAGUCUAAUGUUCUUUUCCCCAUUACAACAUAUUGACUCUUUACCAAGCUCAGAAAAUUUUAUGAGGUGAUGUACUCUGAUCUGAAUUACUUGGCACUGCCAAGGAUUUUGAGUAGCAAUGUAUUCAUUUUUGUCAAUGUAUUAAACCAUUAUUUUGUAUUUCUGCUCACUAUCUCCUACAAUAUCUUCUUGAACAUUUUGAGCCAAGAUGUUGCUCACUUCCCACCCUUUCCCCCACUCUUAUUACACCCUUCCACACCCCCACCCUUUGUCACAUAAUCGUAGUUCUUUUCUAAAAUAUUUAGUUCAGUACAUGCUUUUCAUUCUAGACAUUUCCCUACCUCAAUUCCAUUGUUUUUAUUACUAGAGUAUCCCUAAAGAGGAAGUCACUGUUUUUCAGGGGAUGAGUAGCAAAGGGAAUUAAAGUGGGAGGUUAAGUAAUAAGAAUAAAAGUAAACAUAUAAUUGAAAAUUAGAUAAAGUAAAAAUUGCUGAAGCAGUUCUAAAGUUAAUAUUGAUGCAAAGGAAUAUUGCUGAUUUUUGAACUACAAAUGAGGAUUGAGUUUGGUUUUAGAAGAAAAAAAUCUUUACAGGAGAGUGUCAAAGUUUAAUUAUGCAAUAUGAAUAUUUCACAUUAUUUUGUUAGCAUGGUCACAUUGCUUAUGAUAAAAUACUUCAAGUGCCAAGAUAAUAAAAACUUACUGAAUGAA